AAUUCAAUACAUCACCUAAGAAGAAAGUAACUCUCCUUUAUUCCUGUCUCUCCCAUAUUUCCCAGAAAAAACCACAAGCAAAGGGUGCCUGCACUGCACCUUUUGUUUGUGCCUGCAAUAUUCUUUAUAACUCUGGACAGGGAAGACAACAAUUAAUGCCUUGCACAUCACAAAAGGAGGCUAUGUGACAAUAAUUAAAAGCAUUUAGCUAGGGUCAUUGCUUGUGUUCUUCAUAUUGGAAAAAACAAAACAUGGAUAACUCAACGAUGGCUCUGCUAAACACAUCAGAUAAAUCAAUAGUUUGCUACACACCAACCAUGACAACAACAAAUGGUGUGUGGCAGGGAGACAACCCUUUAGAAUUCUCCCUCCCUCUCUUCAUCUUGCAAUUAACGUUAGUUGUUGUUGCCACACGUUUAUUUGUUUUCAUCCUCAAGCCCUUUCACCAACCUCGCGUCAUUGCUGAAAUCAUGGGUGGAUUGCUUUUAGGCCCAUCAGUGCUAGGUAGAAAUGAAAAAUUUGCCGAUGCAGUAUUCCCUCUAAAAAGUGCAAUGGUGCUGGAAACAAUGGCAAACAUAGGCCUCAUCUACUUCCUCUUCCUAGUUGGGUUAGAGAUGGACAUGUCAAUUGUCAAACGCACAGGGAAAAAGGCAGUGUUCAUAGCUGUUGGUGGCAUGGUAUUGCCCUUCAUUGUUGGUGUUGGAUCCUCCUUUAUUUUAGCUGCUGAAGACAAGAACACAAGCAAAAGCGGCUAUGUCGUCUAUCUCGGUAUAGUUUUAUCCGCCACCGCCUUCCCGGUUCUUGCUCGCAUGCUCGCUGAGCUCAAGCUUGUCAGCACAGAGCUUGGAAGGCUUGCCCUCUCAACAUCACUCAUCAAUGAUGUGUGUGCAUGGAUUUUGCUUGCUCUGGCUAUUGCUUUAUCAGAGCCAAGUACUAACUCCAUGGUCUCAGUUUGGGUUGUGUUGUCAAACAUUGUUUUCGUUGCUUUCUGCUUUCUUGUUGUUAGGCCAGCAGUGACAUGGUUGAUCAAGAGAACUCCAGAAGGAAAACCCUUCAGUGAGUUCCAAAUAUGUGUUGUGCUCACUGGUGUUAUGAUCUCAGCUUUCAUCACAGAUGUUCUAGGAACACAUUCUGUUUUUGGAGCUUUUGUGUAUGGCUUGGUGAUUCCAAAUGGCCCGCUUGGAGCUGCUAUAAUAGAAAAGCUAGAAGACUUUGUUUCCGGGCUUUUACUCCCUCUCUUUUAUGCAAUUAGUGGGCUUAAGACUGAUGUCACCUUAAUCAGUGGCACUUCUGCAUGGUCAUUUACAGUCAUGGUGAUUCCUCUUGCUUUCUUAGGCAAGAUCCUUGGGACUCUUAUUAUUUCACUCCUUUUCCAGAUACCAACUCGUGAUGGAGUUGUUCUUGGUUUACUUAUGAACACCAAAGGCCUUAUUGAAAUGAUUGUGCUCAAUAUUGGGAGGGAACAAAAGGUCUUGGGGGAUGAAGUGUUCUCAAUUAUGGUUCUUGUAACUCUUAUAAUGACAGCAGUCAUUUCACCUAUUGUAACAUUGAUCUACAAGCCAAGAAAAAGGCUCAUACCUUAUAAGAAGAGAUCAGUGCAAAGUUCAAGACUUGAUGCAGAGUUAAGGGUGCUGGUGUCUAUCCACACCCCAAGAAAUGUCCCAACAGUGAUCAACCUCCUUGAAGCAACACACCCCAACAAAAGAUCUCCCAUAUGUGCUUAUGUUCUUCACCUAGUUGAGCUCACAGGAAGAGCUUCUGCCAUGCUUGCUGUCCAUGCUAACAGACAAUCAGGAGGACCAGCACUCAACAAAACACAAGCACAAACAGACCAAAUUAUAACAGCAUUUCAGAAUUUCCAGGAACAUGUUGGCUAUGUCUCAGUGCAGCCCUUAACAGCAAUCUCCCCUUACUCCACAAUGCAUGAAGACAUAUGCAAUUUGGCAGAGGAGAAAAGGGUGGCUGUCAUCAUCAUUCCUUUCCACAAACAACAAACAGUUGAUGGAGACAUGCAGGACACAAACCCUGCAUUCAGAAUGGUGAACCACAAUUUGUUACAGAACUCUCCUUGCUCAGUUGGGAUACUUGUGGACAGAGGACUAAACGGUUCGAACCGGUUAACCGCGAAUCAACAACCUCAUCAGGUGGCAGUUUUGUACUUUGGAGGACCAGAUGAUAGAGAGGCAUUGUCCUAUGGAUGGAGAAUGUCAAGGCAUCCAAGGGUUCGCCUGACUGUGAUGCAUUUCAUUCCAAGCAAGGAAAAUGAGACUAAUUUAGAGGAGGAUCAAAUAAAAAUUGGGAAGGAUAACUUAAUAGAUGAGGAGUACAUUAAAGAGUUCAGGAAGGUAACUGCAAAUGAUGAAUCAAUUGUUUACAUGGACAAAGUUGUGAACAAUGGGGAGGAAACAGUAUCAGCAAUAAGAGCAAUGAACAAUGUGAAUGACUUGUUUAUAGUUGGGAGAGGUCAAGGGACAUGUUCACCAUUAACAAAUGGACUCACAGAUUGGAGUGAGUGUCCUGAGUUGGGAGCCAUUGGAGAUUUGUUAGCUUCUUCAGACUUUGAAACAACAGCUUCAGUGUUGGUGAUGCAUCAGUAUGUUGGGCUAGGGCCAAAUGGUGAGGAUGUUUAUGUGACAGAGAGACCGUGGCAAACAAAUGAAAACCAUGCCAUGAAACAACAACAACAUAUGGCAAGAUAUUCGUCAGUGCAAUGGGGGCCAACUCUUUUGUGACAUUUCCUUGUUUGCGAUUUUGAUGUCAUGAGUAAUGAAGCAAAAAGUUCGGGAUUUAUUCAUUUACACAUAACUUUCUAUUCCAUCUUAUAUUCAAUUAAUUCUUCUCUUCUCAUA